CUAAAAGCCGCGAGUACUGCUGCAGUAUUUUCAGAGGAAGUCGAAAAAGUUUUGUAAAAGUGUUAGUUAGUCGUUAAUACAUACGUUUACUGUAUUUUAUACCGUUUUACUGUCGUGAACUUUUGAGGGAGCUUCAAGAAAGUUACUCAUGCUGUCUUCAACGACCACACAGGCAGGAAAGUUAGCUAUGUAACUUAGCCGCUAAAGCUAAAAACAACUGUAGCUAGCAGCGUCUGGACAUGGAGCUAGACAAUUGUCUGACUUGAAGUAGCAGUUAACAAUGAAACACCAUGGUGGUCUUGAGAGGAGGAAUGUGUCCUGGACUGGAUGACGAUUUAGUUCGCGAGCUGCGUGCCGCCGACAUUAAAACAGUGGAAGACCUGGUCUCAUCUGACAUUGAAGAACUGGCUCGGAAAUGCUCUGUAUCAUAUAAGGCACUGUUUGCCAUCCGUCGAGUGCUGCUGGCCCAGCACACAGCAUUCCCCGUGUCAGGCGCUGAUCUGUAUGAAGAACUAUUGAGCUCAACAGCCAUCCUCUCCACUGGAAAUCCCAGCUUAGAUAAACUGCUGGAUUCAGGCGUGUAUACUGGAGAGAUAACAGAGCUGUCAGGAGGCCCAGGAAGUGGCAAAUCUCAGGUGUGCUUUGGUGUCGCUGUGCACAUUUCUCACCAUCUGAAACAGAGUGUGAUAUUUAUCGAUACGACGGGAGGGCUGACUGCCAAACGCCUGCUUCAGAUGCUACAAUCUGAAACGAGCAACACAGAAGAGCAGAUGGAAGCUCUUCAGAGGAUCCAUAUCUUUCGUUUGUUUGACGUCUUCUCUGUACUCGACUGUCUGUACAGUCUUCGCAGUGGCAGGCUUCAGCAGGCGUCUGUUGGCGGUGGCUCUGUCAAGGCGGUGAUCGUGGACUCGGUGUCGGCUGUUAUCUCUCCUCUACUGGGAGGCAAACAAAAUGAAGGCAUGUCCUUGAUGAUACAAGUGGCAGGAGUUCUUAAGACGAUGGCAAAGGACUUCAAUGUAGCCGCUUUGGUUACAAACCACGUUACGAGGAGUGGCAGCGGGGAGGUUCAGCCGGGCCUCGGCGCGUCGUGGAGUCACAUCCCCAGAACCAGGAUCCUGCUGGAGCGAGCGGAGAACGCCGUGACCGUCGGCCGCUCCGGUCUGCGCUGGGCAACACUGAUCAAGUCUUCCAGACAGCCUUGUCACAUCAAAGAGGAGUUCGACUUGCAGUGGUGGAGUCGCUCUGAAGAAGGAUCCUCGGGAAAGAGAAAACUGGAUGAGACCGAUUCCUGAUGAGGGCCAAAAAGUCUGAUCAGCGGGAGGUACCACACGCCUCUUGCGGAUACAUUCCCAGAUCCAGCUGGACGAGACUUUCCGGGCCUGGCUGUCCCCCUCGGGUUCAGCCAGCGUAUGUGUGGCCGAGGCGGCGUCGUAGUCCGGCACGAGGUCUCCGUCGUACGCCACAAAGUACCGCCUCAGUUUGUCGAAGUCCUGCACGGAGGCUGGCAGGAACAGCUUCACGCCGCUGAAGAUGUCCAGCAGCGUCUGCAGGAAGAACACCAACAGUCAGCAGAGGAAACACCGUCCAGGGUUAGUUUCCCCAAUACGAAGGAGCUGGUACAGUUACAUGAGGAAAUCAUGCUUAGUUCAUCCGCAGCUAUCACUACAUUGCUAAUUCUGUAGCAGUUUCUUGCUAGCCCACGUUAGGUAGGUAGCUACAUCUGCCUUUGGCUUCAUUAAAUACAGCCAGCCGCUGCAUCGAAUACAAAUACACAUUUCUGAGAAGAGCAGCGUUCUUUCGUUUUAUGCUUUUUUGACUAAAGUUUUGGGUUAGCUUCGUUUAGCCCACCAACUUAGCGGAGUCAUUGAAUGCAGAACUGUUGCACAGCUUCACUUUAAAAGACUGAAAGUAAUUUUAUCAACAUUUUGAUAAUUCAGGCUGAGACAUGUUUAGAUUAAAGUACUAAUUUUAUGUUAGCAGGACCCAAAGUGUUCAAAAAAUACUCAAAUUGUAAUUAUAUGAAACUGUAAAUCAAGCACAUUAUGAAGAGGCUGAUUCAGAAUCAGUUACUGAAAGUGAAAUGAAUGAAUUUGUUGUUUGAACGCUGCAGCCAAAACAAAAGCUCUGACCAUCGGUUCUGUUGGAUUUGAUCGGUUUUGGUUGGUAAUUGCUGAAAUGUGAAAUGUGGCAUCAGGGAUAAAAAAAAAAAAAAAGGUCUGAUGGGGCAACAAACACAAGCUUCCAAAAGAUCUUCAGGUUAAAGUCGUAUUUGGAAAAGAAAACAAAGGAUUAAUAGUAAAACUGGAACCCAGAACGUCGGUUUAAAUCUCAGUUUAUGGCUCGACCACCUGGUUCAGCCUCACUUGCUGUACUUGAACUUGUAUUUCUGUGAAAUCAGCAUCCUUUCAGGUUUACAGAUCAGAAUCAGGUUUCCAACCUGUCUGAUCGUCAGACUGCUCCUGUUUCUGCCCGUAUUCCAGAGCUCAGCUAUGACUUUGGAGAGUGCAAUGUUAUCAGAACUGAUGGCCAGAGCCGCAACAAUAAGCUCCAAGUUGUAGUUUUCCUUUAACUGGUAGAAAUAGGUUGUUUUGGAAAGAUAAAGAGCCAUUAAACCCCACUAACAGCAAUUGUUUUUACAUUAUUUCUUUUCUCCUCGCUUCAGUUCAUGAAGCACCAGUGUUUCAUUCACCGUGUGCUGAAGCUGUGUGAUCUCUGGUGUUUGGACAGUUUCAGUGUUCACAGUUAAACAGAGAAAACCUGUUGUUGUUGACCAACCUUGUCAUUUCUGGGCUCCAGCAGCUGAGAGGUUGCCUUUGCUUUGGUCUGUCCAUUGCUGUGAACGCUUUCGCUCUUCUUCACCUGGGGGGGAAGCAGAGCGGUCACCUGUCAGGAUUACCGCAGCGAUGUGUGUCAUGUGAUCGUGCUGUUUGCUGUGCAGUGAACACGCUACCUUCUUGGCACUGGGUGCUUCUGAGGCGGGGGUGCGGGGCUGGGAUUUCACCGCCUUGGGUUUGGGUGGGCUUCUGCUGUCUGUGAAGAGAGCGCAUGUUAUUACUGAUCUAUCAAACGUCUCUUUCAGCUUCACUGCUGGAGUUAAAGUUGCAGAAUUCACUGUGAAAUAAAUACCUCACACUUCUGUGACCCUGUGUCCUACUGAAAUCUGAUUUUUGCCUGAAACAAGCUUUUAAAAAAACAUUUAAACUGUGGGAACAUUUUGACUUUCCUGUGGGUGGAGAAAAUCAUGGUUUUGUGAAGGCUUUAAGACUCUAAUUCAUGAAUAUACAGAGAAUGAAGGAGGGCGGAUAAUAACGAGAAGAACCUGAGAUCAGUCAGAGGGAGAGCUGUCUAAAUGCAUUUCUAACUAAACCCGGAGUACAAAAACACUCCAGCAGUCAAAGAUGUGCCAAUAAUGUCAGUCAACUAAUUGAUCUACAGAAAAUUAAUCAACAGUUUUGAUAAUUGGGUAAGAUUUCUGGUUCCAGCCUCUUAAAAGUGAGGAUUUUCUUUGUCUAUGUGAGAAUAAAGUGAACAUCUUUGGGUUUUGAACAAAUCAAGCUAUUUGAAAACGUCCUCUUAGACGAAGGGAAACGGCGAUGGGACAUUCCUUCCUGUUCUCUGACUGUGCAGGUCAAACAAUCAAGGACAUAAUAUCAGAUGCAGCCAUGGUUUGAACACUAACGGCAAACCGGCUUUAUUACAGACAGGUUGUAGAUGGUUUUAGAAAUGAUAUCAAACUGUUGCACAAGUCUUACUUUGCACAAUAAGAGGUCUGAACUAGUGAAACUGGCGCCGCCCAGCUCUCGCCUCCCCUUCAUCUUGUGUACUUACUGCUCUUCUUGGGUGCGGCGCCUCCGCGGGACGAGGACGACGGCGAGUUUCCUCCGCUGUCUCCUCCUGAUGAGCCCUUGUCGUCGCUGGAUGUCGACGGUCCGGCCGUCACUUUAAAGUCACAGUUCUCCUUUGAUAUGCGGUACAGCUCCUAAAUGACAACAUGGGCUUCAGCCAACAGAUGUAGUGUUCCGUGCGGCGAGAGACCGAAGACACGUGUCGCCUUCAGCGGGCGCGUUAACUGCCUCGGCCAAUAUUUCAGCUCAUUUGUCAAUGUUUGCCAGAUAACUGACAGCAAAUUUGGUCCUUGUCAUUUAAAUCAUGCUUGUGCGGUCCCAUGAGUGCUCUGUUCAACAGCAGGCUUAAUUUUUUCACUCCUCCCAUCACCUAUAUCACAUUACCUUCCUUUUCUCACCCACCUUCCAUCAUACAAUCAACUCAGCAACAAAGAGGACUGACAGAAAGUAUUCAGUUUGAGCUUCUAAGGCUUCUUUUGUGAUUGUUUUCCUCAUCGUUAGGUGUCAGAGGUUAAUUAUUUUUGUGCCUUCAGUUACUUACUACAAGCCACAUCUAAUAAAAGGUGUAAAAAGUUUCAUUUACUUUACACUCAGGAGGAACUUCACAUUAUUAACACCGGUGCAGCAUCACAGUGUGGCAGGUGAGCUUGAAUCAAACUGCUGAUAUCCUACUUUAAGCUGGUGCAGGUUGGUGGCGCUCUUCCAGUCCUUGUCAUCACGGAUGCGCGUCAUGCGGGGAAAGCGGAUGGAGAUGCCAUCAGCCGUGUGCAUUUCUGAUUUGGAGAACUCUGCGCCUGUGAUCUCCCAGACAGGUGCUUCCUGCAGCAGAGGAAACGCAGCAGCAGGCGAAACGUAAAUGACAAGGCAAAUACACGAGUGCCUCUCCGUACAGUGAAAAAAGCCACUGAACUUCUCUUCAGGUGCAGUCAUGGAUAUGAGUGUUUGGUGGAUUUCAUUAUUAAGUAUUUUCAGGCUUGGAAGGCAGAUGGUUUUACUCUAUUUUCAGAUUGUUUGCAGUAAAUCUGCAGGUUGAAAGCUCCUCCCAGCUCUGCAGCACAGCUCAUCGUUAUCUCAACAUGUGUGAGGGUCAUUUAUUUGGAGUUAUAUGUAAGUUAUCAUUUCCUCUAAAGUUCUGCAGGACGCAGGAGCAUGAACAGGCCCUCUGGGAAAUACAGACGUGCCGAAUUACAGAGAAAUCUCACCUCAGGAUUGCGAAUGAUGAAAUCUGGAUAAUAGUUCUUGAUGAUUUUCAACCAGCCUGGGAUUUUGCUCGGCUCCUGCGCAGAAACACACGCAUACAAGAUUAAUUUUUGAUUUUAUUACAUCGGCUCAGUAUUCCAGGUAGGCCUCUAAGUGGAUCCUCUCUGACCUUGCUGAUUUUGAUCACAUCCAGCUCUUUUUGGAGCCUGGCCAACAUGGCGUCAUCGUAGCCUCCGGAGCACUUGGUGACUGUGCACCACUUCUUGGAGUCUGGGUCAUAACAGCCCAUUAGAAAACUGGACAUGAUGCCCCCUGGUGGGUAGAAGAACACACUUGGCAUCAGGAGGGACAUUCAGGAAAGUGCUGCCUGUGGAGACUCUGCGGACCCACAGAAUAAUCUCUGCACAGGCUCUGAAUAUACACACCUACACGGCAUCAUUCCACUUCACUAAAGCUAGCCUCUUCAGUCCACUUGUUGAGGCCUUUUUAAGCAGUUUUCUGCUUCCCACUUUUGUCCAAUGGUGUGUUAUGACAAGUGUUUCAUCUGGCGCGUUGUUUGUUGUCUAUUAGGUGUCUUCACACUGCAUGAGCUGUCUUCAUUAGCCAUGCUUUUUAGAUUGGUACCUUUGUUUUGCAUUUGCUAUGCUUCCAUUGUGUUAUAUGCUCAUUACACAGCCUUCUCAAUGGCUCCCAUAUCUCGUCUGCUUGUAUGCUUUAACGAAUGACAUCCUCUCGUUAUGCGCUAUGUUUUAUAUAUAUAUAUACACAUUUUUACAUAAAAUGCUACUAUGCUGGAUUCUGGACUCUUGGAUUCAUAAUGUAACAGAGUUGUAUUUAUGUGUAAAGUCCAAACUGAAUCUUUACAUUUUAAGUCAAAUCCUAUUAUAUAAAAAGCCUGUUCAUAUAAUUACCAAAACACAUUAAGUGUCACUAUUUCGGAAACUUGAAAUGAUCCCCCUGCUUGUUAUAAGAAUUUUCAGAGCAUUAAUAAAAAUUAGAGUUAUGCUAAAACUGUCUUGUUGGCUGAUGUGGGUUCCCCAGACUCCUCAUCUUACAGGAAGUGGUGAAACUAAGAGCAUCAAGAAGUGAGAAAGCGAAUCCAUUGCAUGAAGACGUGAAUGUGCAGCAAGCGAGUGGAUGAUGAGGACUUUACAGACCGUUUGAGCCUUUUCCAUAGAAGGCCCCCAGAACCACCAGGUCAGCCGUGUCCGCCAUCGCCCCCUCGUUCAAAUAGUCCUUCUUCACCUUUAGCCAGUGGCGCUUCCCUGGUUCAUAGCUGCCCUGAGACAAAGAGACACACACAGUUUGCUCAUCACCAUGUGAUCACCACACACAGCAUAUUCCCAUUGGUGUGUUUCCUUCAGCAGAUAGAGAGACUAACCUUUAUGUCUUUUAGCACCAGGCCUUCAAGUCCCUCCCUGAUGACACGAGUUAUCAUAUCAGCCAGAUCUCCUGCCCUCUGAGACACACACACAAACACACACACACACACACACACACACGAUAUCACCAGCUGUAACAGAUGUGCACACACAACUCAAAUUCAGGGUUUUACUCACAGUGACGUGCUUCAUCUCUGAGAACAGGAUCCUGUUGGUGACUUCUACCAUGUUGUCGUGCAGGAACUUCCUGCGUUCACACAGAGGCCUGGGGAAUACGACGGCGGUGGAAAAACGUCAGACAGCUUCUACUAACUAAUGUUCAGAGUUGUAAACUCAAACUGGGACAAAUCUAGAUGCUAAAAAUGUACUGUGUUAUAUAUAUAUUAUGUAUAUUUUGUUGUAAGAUUAAAAAACUGUU